CGACUACUAUACACAAAGAAAACAUGAAAUUUCCUGUCGCCGACUGCUGAUGUACACAAAUCCACCCAGGGACUGAAAGCGCAAUCACCAAGUACAUUACACACAACCGCGGGGGGGUCGCGCGCACUUACGUGUCGUCCACAAAUAUCAAAAAAUGCAUGCUGCAUCCAUGUCGACGGUGGAGGUGCUGCUGCACGAGUUUUAUCAGCCAACGACGAGCAAUGCACGCAAACGUGAAAUUGAGACCAAUCUGUUGGCCUUCAAGUCGCAGCCGGAGGCAUGGCAGCUGUGCCUGCGUGUGGCCACCGCCGGCAACAGCUUUACGGAUAACCAGUUCCUCUGGUUCUUCAGCACCUCCACGCUGGAGCAUACGAUAACGCGUCGCUGGGCCCAGCUAACGCCCUCGGAUCGAGCACAGUUGCGCGAAACUCUGUGGAACACCUACGCCCAGCUAGGCAUGCUGAAUGGGGCGCGACGGCAUCGAGAUACGCUGGCGCAGCUAAUUGCACUGAUGGGGAAACGCGAGUUCCCCGAACAAGAUCCCAACUACAUGCAGCAUUGCAUGGAGCUGACAAAGACCCGCUUUGCCCUUGGGAUCAAUCUGUUGCGCGUCACGUCCGAGGAGGUGGUGAGUAAUCGCGGCGACCUGACCACCGAAUGGAAACAGUACUUCUACUCCUGCAUUUCCAUGUGUAUACCCGAUGUAAUGGACUUAGUCACCAAAUAUUUACUAAUCGCCGUCUGCCACAUCAACGGCAAAGACAUCCAAUCGACCAUACCAAACACCCUCAUGGACUUUAGUCUAACCUCAGCGCUGCCAAAUGACAAUCAACUAAGUUCCUCUAUUUUGGAGCUUCUCGGCUGUGUGCAACAUUUGGUCUCCUGGAUACGCACUGAACUGAUCUCGGAGUACUUCCUCAUGAGCAUACUCGAUCUAUCACAAUGGCGACCCGCCAACGAGCCCAUCUCCUUGGCCGCCCUCUCAGUGCUGAACGAGCUGCUCUACCUGCAGAAGCCGCUACCCUAUGCAGGUACCCUGAUGGGCGGCGUUAGCAGUCUACUGGAGCAGCACAACGUCAACAAGCAGCAGAGCGAGAUGUACAGCGACAAGUUGCGGGAACUAUUGCGCCUCUACACCACGAAGUAUGCGGGAAAGCUGAUGCAGGAGCCGGAGGUGCUCGAGACAUUUCUUAAUCAGCUUUACGGCUGCACCACAGAAUUGCAUGGCGCCCUGGACUUUACGGAGAAACUGGACAUCUGGUCGCCGAUUAUUAAGGCUAUUGCCCAGCAGCCGGCGAAGAUAACGCGCUUUAAUCAAGUGUUCACGCAACUGGUCGAUGAGAUCAUGCGACGCACACAGUUCGAGGCGAAUAAGCCCGAGCUAGAGGUGCUGGACAACGAGCUCAUGGAGGAUGAUGUAUGUUUGUCCAUUCAAUCCCAUUCAAUCCAAUUGAUCCAACUGAUUCUUUCUCCUCCCCUGGUGGGACAGACCCCCACCACCGAGUGGCAGCAGUUCCUUGAUCAAUGCUUCGAGUGCCUCGCCCUCUUGGCAAGCACCCGGGGCGCUCACAUUGUCUUCGCACAAGUCUUUGCCCACUGGUCGCGUCCGCAGAUGUAUCUAAUGUCGCUGGAGCAUGCCCUUGACCAUGGCAGCAGUCGCUCCUAUGAGGCCGCCCGAAAGCUGAAGCAUGCCAAUGUAGGAGAGAUUCUGCGCGAUUUUGCCACCGUCUGCCAGGCGGUGGUGCGUUUGGCCCCGCUGAUGGACACAUCGACGGCCGCUCCGGGUGUGGCCGACGAGAUGGAGGCCCAGCUGCAAAUGCUCUCCGACAGCCUGUUGCAGACGCUGCAGCUUUUGGCCAGCAAUCGCAUCGGAGGAACAGAUAUGGACAAGGCCACCUUUCAGACUGAUUUGGAUAACCUCUACGCUCAAGUUCUGCUGGCCAUACGCAGCAUCUUCCCGCUGUCGAAGGCGAUGAGCAGCGAGGAGCUGCUGCAUCGCCUCUUCGCCAUAUUGGGUAGCAUCUUUGCCUUCAAUAACUCGCUGUCGGCCGCCUCGCCCAUUGUGCAGCAGGCAGCCAGCGAGCUGCUGCUCUUCAUCUCAACUGUGAUACGGCCCAAGUGCCUGCUGGAUAUUCCGCAGAUCCAGAGCCUGCUGCAGGCGGGGCCACGACUGGGCACGCAACUGCCGCGCCAGGUCUGCAUCAAUGUGCACAUCAGUUUAGUGAGCUAUAUGGUGCUGCCCUGGAAGUGUGUGCCCGAGCAGCAGCAGGACUACCAGAGGCGCCAGUGGAUGCUGCGCGAGUACAUCCAGGGCCUGGCCCAGAACUUUCUCGAGCUGGAUCUGAGCCUGGCUGGCGAAAGCAAGGUGACGGCCACCACGCUCACUCUGCUUGGCACAUUCACAUCACUCAUCGAGUACUUCAAGGCCACCGGUGGGAAUGCCAAGGACAUGUUGGCCAGCACUUUCAAGCCCAUCCUUAACAAGGCUUUGACGAUCUUCAAUAGCUAUGGCCUGAGCAGCAUUGCCAUGGCCAUCACGGUGGCCGAGUUCAGCCUGAGCAUGCUGCGCUCGUUGCCCACUCACCUGGGCGCCCAGUUCAUCAAGGAGAUGAUCACCCUGUUUAUCAGUGUCAGCAGCAGGGAACAACUGACGCUGAGCCGCCUGGCUGUGAUGGAAAAGAUUCUGCAAAUGUUUAAGCUCAUUGUGGAACAGCCGGGCAGCGCCUCGUUGGGUCUGCUGCCCUCGAUUCUGGACUUUAGCACACAGCAGAUACUGCCGUUGCUGCAGCAACAGAAUGCGGCCACCGAUAGCAGCGAGAUUACCAGCCUACUCUACGCCCUGUUCGACAGCGUGCUUACCUGUAAGUGGCAGUUCUUCUACAAGAACCAACUGUCAAACGGUCAUAGUGGUGGCGCUAGUGGUGGCGGCUCGAACAAUUUCAAUUGCAGCGACAAUCUGCAUCCGGCACACUUUAUGGCCAUACUGAAUGCCUACGGUCAGAUGCUGGUCAGCGGCACAGAUCCCAGCAACGUGCGCAGCGUGCUCUUCUCCAUGCAGAAUGUGAACGAGCGCAGUCGUCUGUACCAGCGAGCCCUGUUCAAGGAGCAGCUGCUGGCCUCGUUUCAGCGGGCCCUGCUCAAUUUGCUGCUGAGUGGCGAGGGUAGCCUGCACUUUGAUAUGAUUGCCCAGGCGCUGUAUGCCAUGGGCCAGGUGGAUCGCAGACAGUUGCUCGAGAGUUUUGCCCAUGCCUCGCUGCCGGUGGCACAGACAGUGCUCGAGGAGAUCUGCCAGACAAGUGACAUUCCAACGUUUACGCAGAGACUCACGCAAUUGAUGCAGGAUGCCCACUGUGUGCAUCUCAGUGAGACAACGUAGGCGCCUUCUCCUACUCCCCAUACUUCCCCCUUAUCCUAAACUUAAUCCAAAUCCGAACCAAUUAUGCGGAUUUCUCGGUUUGACCUUUGACUUGUGUAAAAUAUGCUUACAUGUUGACCUCCUAGUCCCUUUUACUUUUCUUGCUUAUAUUUUAAUCAGUUUUAUUCUAUGUUUUAUGUUUUUGCUUCAUGUAUGCCAUACUCCCGAGCGCCGUGUCUCCCAGCCAAUACGAGGGCGGGUUGGGGGCACGUGCCUUGCCUAACGAAGUCUUGUGUCAUUUGUGCUCAGCUCUCACUUCUAUUCGCGUCCCACUGUCCCACUGUCCCACUGUAUCACUGUAUAUCACUUUCCCUUGUCCCCAGUCCUCCGUACCCCGUCUGUUUUGUACGCUUUGUUCCUUGUCAUCGUAAGUCAUUUGUUGUGCCCCCCGUCUGAGUUUUAUAUUUUAUAUUUUUUAUAUUUUAUUCGCUUUUUUUUGGGGCGUGUUUUUGUGACCGUUAAUGGUCGAAAACAGAAUUCAUUCAAUCGAUAAAAGACAUUGUUUAGCUUGUAAUGCGCGAUUCCGUUAUAAAAAAAAAGAACAUAAUUUUAUGUAAAAUCAAACGAUUAUAUAUUGUAUUUUUUUAUCAUUAUCUUCUAUUAUUACAUACAUACAUACAUGCAUGCAUAACUCCUACAUGGAUAUACAUAUAUACGUUUGGUUUUGCUAUCACUGCAA